AAAAUGCAGAAGCAAGUGGAGGUCAGGAUGGACGAGAGCCACUUGGAGCCCACAGUGGACACUUCUGAGAGUGCAUGUGGCAGUUUUUGUGAUAAAAUCAUGAAAAACAUGGUUCUAACCCUCACAAUCCUUGGUGUGUUUCUGGGUUCCAUUGCUGGAAUGCUGCUGCGGCACAUAUCUCCUCUCCCUCCUGAUGUUAUUAUGAUCAUCGCCUUCCCUGGGGAGAUCCUAAUGAGGAUGCUGAAGAUGCUUAUUUUGCCUCUUGUUGUUUCCAGUCUGGUCACAGGACUAGCUGGUCUGGAUGCCAAAUCCAGCGGCCGCUUAGGCACCAGGGCAAUGGUGUACUAUAUGUCAACGACCGUGAUUGCAGCCGUCCUGGGAGUGAUCCUUGUGCUGCUCAUCCAUCCCGGGAAUCCCAAGUUGAAAGCUAAUCUCGGACAGGGAAAGAAGAACGACGAGGUGUCCAGCGUGGACGCUUUCUUUGAUCUCAUCCGAAAUCUUUUCCCAGAGAACUUGGUGCAGGCUUGCUUUCAGCAGAUCCAGACAGUAACCACUAAAGUACCAGUGCCCACUAACAGAACUAAAGCGCCUCCACAGUUCACAGUCAAAAGAUCACUUCAGUUCAAGAGUGGGAUGAAUGUCCUGGGUUUGAUUGGAUUCUUUGUUGCUUUUGGAGUUAUUAUGGGGAAAAUGGGAGAAAGGGCCAAGCUGAUGUUAGAGUUUUUCAAUAUCCUGAAUGAGAUAAUUAUGAAGCUUGUUGGCGCAAUUAUGUGGUACUCCCCUAUUGGUAUUGCCUGCCUCAUCUGUGGAAAGAUCAUCUCCAUUGCUGACUUGGAGGUGGUUGCGAGGCAGCUGGGAAUGUAUAUGGUCACUGUAAUAGUGGGUCUCAUCAUCCAUGGAGGCAUCUUCCUUCCGCUGAUAUAUUUUGUGAUAGUAAAAGAAAACCCCUUCACGUUUUUCAUGGGAAUAUUCCAAGCUUGGGUCACUGCACUUGGAACAGCGUCCAGUGCUGGUACCUUGCCUGUCACAUUCCGAUGCUUAGAGGAGAACCUUGGCAUCGACAAGAGAGUUACACGUUUUGUCCUCCCAGUGGGUGCCACCAUCAACAUGGACGGCACAGCACUUUAUGAGGCUGUGGCUGCCAUCUUCAUCGCUCAGAUGAAUGGGAUUGAGCUUGACUGGGGCCAGAUUGUUACUGUCAGUAUGACAGCCACCCUAGCCAGUGUUGGAGCAGCCAGUAUCCCCAGUGCUGGACUUGUGACCAUGCUUCUGAUCCUCACGGCGGUGGGGCUGCCCACUCAGGACAUCAGCCUCUUGGUCGCUGUUGACUGGCUACUGGAUCGUUUCCGUACAUCGGUUAAUGUGGUUGGGGACUCCUAUGGAGCAGGUAUCGUGUACCACCUUUCCAAACACGAGCUUGACUCAUUCGACUCCCAACAGACCAGGAUGGAGGACUUUGAGAUGGCAAAGACACAAUCCUUCUUUGAAAAUAACACCAACCAGAAUGUAUAUGCUCACCACAACUCAAUCUUGAUAGACGACUGCAAGGUCAACAUGGGCAAAAAUGGGAAGACCGCAGAGUUCUCUCUUGUUGAGGAGGGACCAUGGAAAUGCGAGUAAAGCAGAUCCAGAUGCUGCUGCGCCUUACCCUGAGUUCCAACAGUUUUUACUUUCUGACAACACAGCUAUAAAAGAAAAAUCACAUAAAAAAAAGAGAAGCUAGCAGAGUCACUGUACUGCAAGAACGAACAGUUGGUCAGUCAUUUUCUGUUACCCAACUGGGUAGCUACUGGAGCAAACUACAGAUGAUUCACCAACUUGUAUUAGAUCUUGCAUUUGCACACGAACUGUAAUGAACUGGUGCAUUCCAUGCGCUUUGUGCAGAAGAAUAAAUCUUUCAGUUGACAACACUCAGGGCCUUACCUGGUGCUGCUGCAAGCUUCCUGUUCUGUCAACAAAAGAAUUCUUCUAUCUUGUGCAACAUCUCGUUUGUAUUGAAGCAUUUUCUGAUGAUCAGUGGUUUU